UUUUGAAAAUUUAAUGAAUUAUAUUUUAUGGAACGUUUUACUGUUACAGUAUUAUUGCAGUUAACUUUAUCGAAUUUAUUCUGUAAAAGCUUUAAAUUAUUAUUCAACAAAACAAUUUAUUUUUAAUUAAAAUGUUACUAACCUCAAAGUUACAUAGAUGGAUUUGAAAAUAUUAUAAAAAAUAUUUGUCACUGCAGUUCAUAUAUGUGUAUAAGUUUUUAUAGAAUUACAGAAUAAUUUUUAUAAGUUUUGCUAUAUUAUCAAUAUUUUGAUCAAUGUAAGUAUUUAUCGUUUAAAAGCUUGAAAAACGUAAACAAAAUUAUUCAGGAAACUGUUCGUGUUAUACAGGACGUCAGUACCGUUACUUACACGUAAUUUUAAAGGUGUUAUUGAUAUUAGUUUCUCUCUUUCAUUAAAGUAAUUCAAAAUUAUUUUUUAUUUUUAGGAUUUCAACAAAUACUUUUUUUUAAUGAAAUGUUUAUUGAAAAAAGAAAAGAAUUCAAUUAUGAAGUUUAAUGUUUUUGCGUUUAAUUAAAAUUAUGUGACUUUGUUUUCCUUUAAUUUAUUUUUUAAGUCAACAUAGAACGUUACUAUGCACAAGGUUUUAUAGAGAUCAUUGACGCGAAUGAAAUAAGUACACAGUCACGCACAUAAGAUUUGCAGAUUUAACGUUUGAAAAUAUUUAAAAACGAAUAUAUUAAUAUGUGUACUUCAAUUAAAAAUAAGGACAAUAAUACAAGCAAAGAUGUAUUGGAAGCAUCAAAAAAGGUUUCAAUGGAUUGUUUAAAAUGGUUAUUUAUUCAGAUCCAUAUGAUAUUUGAUAUUUUUGUGGAUAUACUUUUCGGAUUUUUUUACGAUGGUAAGGUACGAAGAGUACCACCAGUAAAAAAUAAUUUACUGUUAAUGAGUGCAUCAGAGUUGGCUCAUAAAAUCAGAACAAAGGAGGUAUCAUCUUUGGAAGUUGUUACAGCAUUCAUAGAAAGAGCGAAAGAAGUAAAUGAACUAAUAAAUGCUGUCGUAGAGGAUAGAUAUUCUGAUGCUUUGGAAGAAGCUAAAGCAGUAGAUAAAUUGCUACAAACAUUGGAAAAUGUUGAUGGAAUAAAAAAGGAACAACCUUUCUUAGGAGUUCCUUUUACGACAAAAGAAAGCAUUGAAGCUAAAGGUAUGCUUCAUACCAUGGGUUUAACAAACAGAUAUGAUUAUCGUUCUCAAGAAGAUGCAACUGUAGUUUCCUUAGUAAAAAAUGCAGGUGGAAUCUUAAUAGCAAAAACAAAUAUUCCUGAAUUGAAUUUGUGGACAGAAUCAAGGAACAAUGUGUAUGGACAAACUUGUAAUCCAUAUAACACUACUAAGAAUGUUGGUGGGAGUAGUGGUGGAGAAGGUGCAAUAACAGCUGCUUGCGGAAGUGCAAUGUCUAUUGGUAGUGAUAUUGGUGGUUCCACUAGAAUGCCAGCUUUUUUCAAUGGAGUUUUUGGACACAAACCAAGUGAAGGUUUAACACCACUGAAAGGUAUUGGACUUCGACAAAUGGACUAUCCGAAUUCAAUGGCAGAAGCAGGUCCAAUCUGUAGAAAGUCGGAAGAUCUAAUACCUCUCUUAAAGGUUCUAAUCGGAAAGAAAGCAUCUCUUCUACAACUUGAUACACCAGUUGAUGUAAAACAAAUUAAAAUUUUUUAUCAAGAAAGUUCAGGUGAUUUGAGAGCAAGUAAAGUAAAUUCAGAAAUGAAGACUGCCCUUUUAAAAGCUGUAUAUCACUUUAAAGAAAUUACUGGAUCUGCAACAAAAAUAAAAAUACCUGGUUCUGAAUACAGUUAUCGUUUGUGGAGGUUUUGGAUGUCUCAAGAGAAUCUAGAUUUUAAAUUAAGUAUAACAAAUGAAAAGUAUCGUGCAAAUGCCAUUACAGAAAUUUCGAAAUUGGUAACUGGAAAGUCUGAAUUGACACUAGCCGCCAUUAUGAAGUUAAUUGACGAAGAUAUAUUACCAAAAGAUAAUCUUGAAUGGGCAAUGAAUGUAACUGCAAACAUGAAAAAAUAUUUAUUGGACAAAUUGAAAGACGAUGGAGUCUUAUUUUAUCCAUCUUCACCAUUUCCAGCUGGCUAUCACUACACAGCUUAUUUGAGACCCUUCAAUUUCGGUUAUUGGUGUCUCUUUAACGUCCUUAGGCUUCCAACUUGUCAAGUACCACUUGGAUUAGAUAAAAAUGGAUUACCUCUUGGGGUACAGGUUGUAGCAGCUCCAUAUAAGGAUCAUUUAUGUCUAGCCGUAGCACAAGAACUGGAGAAAGCAUUUGGUGGCUGGGUAGCACCUGCUUAGUUGCUUAAAAUAUAAACAUUACAAAAAUAAUCUGUGUUAAAGAAGACGGAUAGUGAUGUUAUGUGGUGAUAAUUAUUAUUAAUAAUGUAACAAUGCUACACUAACCAUUAUUUUAUAUACUAUUACUGAUAUAGGUUACGAACACAUCAAUGAUUUAGAAUUUUUAAAUUUAUUUUUCACUUUAAUUACCUGUUAACAGCUACUCCAUAAGUUGUAAUGAUAUUAUUGUCUAAAAAUAAAGAGCUGUUAAUUGUA